AUGGAAUCCCUCCUCCGCAGCCUCCGCCGCAACGAAAAGACCAUUCGCACGCGCCAGAUCAAACCCGGCGAGAACCUCAAAAGCCUCUGGGACACCAUCGCCGACGACAGAUCAAAAUUCCGGCUCUUCGACGUGAGCAACAAAAAGGUCACGAUGCGCAAAGACACCGAAAUAGCUGAAUCACCAUACAUGUUCUAUAACAAAGUCAACGAAGUCGAAGACGCGAUCCUCUUCCCGGAUGAACUCACCUCUGAUAAGAAGAGUGUUUCGUUCCGUGAGAUUAGGAACGGUGUUGCGAGUAUCGAAGAUGGGAUCUUGCCCAGUACGGCUAGACAUUUCGUCAAGGGGCUGGAGGCUAUCAACAAGGGCAAGGAUCCGAUGAAGGCGAUGCGUAUGGCGAAACAUGAUGAUGAGGAUAAUAUCUGGGGUCUGCCUAAGGUUUGGGAGACGGCUCUCUUGCAGGCGAGGAGUGAUAAGUUGAAGAAAUCGCAAAAGGCACUUCUACAGCGGACGGGGUUGCUGAACGCGUGCAAGACACUGUCAUAUGAUCGACGGCUUGAGGAGUCUGACCCUAUGGAGAUGAUGGACCGAGACAGGGCUUUUAGCUUCAAAGAGUCUUUCCACGCUGGAGACCUCGAGCCAGGGUAUAACACCAAAUACAACCUGCUCCAGGAAACACUCCGCGCUAUGCUCAAGACGCCUCACGUGGGCUCAACAGAUUGGAUCUUUUUCAUAGCUGAGAUUCUCGAGUGGCUUGAGCUCCGCGGCGACUACGACGACUACGUUCAAGAUCCUCAGUAUCCCUGUCCGCAUAGCUUCAUCGUGCAGGACGUUGUGCAAGCAUUCGCCAUGAUCGCCAUGUUCUUCCCCAACUCGGAUGUUGCAAAGUUACCAACCAUGUUUGUCAACUCAAGUCAGUGCGAUGAGUUUAGAAAGUCAGGGGUGUUUGAUCCCAAGGAACGAAGCAAAGUGUAUCCUGAUCGAAGGACGAGAACGAGCUAUAAAUUCAGGGAGAAGGAGUUUUGGCAGGAGUGGAAGGAGUUUUAUAAGACGGAGAGAUACUUUGGGGAUGUGUACCCUAUGGAAUGGAGUCUCACGGUCCGUCCUAUUAUCGCUCAUCUGUACCAAGCUGGUGUCAUAGCCCCAGCAUACAUGCAAAACCAUCCCGAAGUCGUUCUCGGCAUCGCAACAGCCAACACAGAACCCCACCGCCCAACCAAACUCGACCUCUUCAUCAACUACCAAGACCAGUAUGGCAACUUCCCCAUGACCUACCCCCAACCUUCGUCGACCCCUCCAAAUGGUCCCAAGUAA